AUGAGCACUAAGGCCCGCACGGGCUCCGCAAAGGAGCGCAGUGUAUUCGUUGGAAAUAUUCCGUACGAUGUGACCGAAGAAAUGCUCAAGGAAAUAUUCUCGGAAGCUGGAUCGGUCGUGAAUUUUCGCCUCGUGACGGACAGAGAGACUGGGAAACCCAAGGGCUAUGGCUUUUGUGAAUAUGCAGACGGAGCCACGGCUUUAAGUGCCAUGCGGAACCUCAAUGGGUACGAGAUCAAUGGACGCAACCUCCGGGUGGACUUUGCCGACGGUGGGGACAAGUCUGGAGGGUCCGAACGAAAACGUCACGAGACUGGAAGCCAAUCUCGGCCGGGAGGAGCUACUGGUAGCAACUUUCGGAGCGAGGGCGGGCACCCGACGAUAGUGACUGGAGAGAUGGCGAUCCAUGCAAUCGAGUCGGCCAUCUCUCGGUUGGGACCAGUCAAGCUGUACGACAUGUUGGUGCAGCUGAAGGAGUAUGCGAGGCAGAAGCCAGAGGUGACCAAGAGCAUUAUGAUGGCGAACCCAGCGCUCACACAUGCACUUGUGCAGAGUUUCAAGACACUGCAGAUCUCCAUUCCGUCGUCAACAGAGACACAAGCGGUGUUGCUGGCCCCUCCUCCCAUGACGCACCAGCCACCACCAAUGGCAGGAAGGAUGAUGCAGCAACCGCCACGGUCAUCUAUGGGCGGGUCUGCGGCAUCUGGUUCCGGUAUUCUGGGUAUGGCCCCGCCAGGUGUUCAGUCGGCAAUACCAGGAGCGUCAGCAAAAGCUGGUGGUACACGAUGGAGUGCACGACCGGGGCCUUUGGCUGCUCAGGCGACGAGUGCCGCUAUAGCCAACAGACCUGCCCCUGCUUCUAGCCCGAUGCACACCCAGACCCAAUCAGGCUUGAUGCCCACACCAACUGUACCAGCACAUUCGAGCGGACCGCCUAGCAGUAACUUGGCGCACGCUAGUCGCGAUCCUCGUCGAGCAGGAAGAGGAGAUCCGCGUGCAGCCAAGAGACCGUAUCCCGCUGGCGAAGGACCGGUAGCGCCUACACAAGGAGACCACGACGCUCUGAAGCGCGUCAAGUCCAGCGGUGCAGGCGGCGAUAGCGCUUCAACUGGUCAUUUUGACGCUAUCGCUGAACUUGCGCGCAACACGACCCCACAAAACCUCGACAUGCUGCCACCAAACGAACGGCAGAUGCUGCUGGCUUUCAUGCAGCAGAACAAUAUUCCAUUUUGA